GAGCUGCGGUCAGGAGCGAGCCGCAGAGGGUGGGCCCUGGCCGCCUGGCAUUUUUCCUCUCCUCCACGGGUGGAGGCGUGACCAGUAAGGCCUCCGGGUCUGAGGGGACCACACCCGGAUCAGAGGCUGGUGAAGAACUCCCGACUGCGGACCCCAGCCUCAGUUUCCCCUGAGCCCCGCCCGGCGGCACGAGGGCGGGUGACGUCACGGCGCACAGCAUUGUGGGGCGGGCGCGGCGCCGGCGACGCCAUUUUCGGCGGCGGAGGGUGGCGCGAGGCUGCGGAGCGCGGGUCGGGGUGAGGAUGCUGCGGGGCGGCUGCGGAGGCGUCGCUUGCUGCUGAGGCGGCUGGGCUCUGCGCGGCCUCGGCCCGUGACAGCGCGACGAGCGCGGCGCUUCCGAUCGGACGAAUGCAUGACAACAUGUCCACAAUGGUGUACAUGAAGGAAGAGAAGCUGGAGAAGCUUACGCAGGAUGAAAUCAUUUCUAAGACCAAGCAGGUGAUCCAGGGGCUGGAGGCCCUGAAGAAUGAGCACAACUCCAUCCUGCAGAGCCUGCUGGAGACGCUGAAGUGCUUGAAGAAGGACGAUGAGAGCAACCUGGUGGAGGAGAAGUCCAGCAUGAUCCGCAAGUCCUUGGAGAUGCUGGAGCUCGGCCUGAGCGAGGCACAGGUGAUGAUGGCCCUGUCUAAUCACCUGAAUGCCGUGGAGUCCGAGAAGCAGAAGCUCCGCGCUCAGGUUCGACGUCUGUGCCAGGAGAACCAGUGGCUGCGGGAUGAACUGGCCAACACACAGCAGAAGUUACAGAAGAGCGAGCAGUCCGUGGCUCAGCUGGAGGAGGAGAAGAAGCACCUGGAGUUCAUGAACCAGCUGAAGAAAUACGACGACGACAUCUCUCCCUCGGAAGACAAAGACUCUGAUUCUUCCAAAGAGCCGUUGGAUGACCUCUUCCCGAAUGACGAGGAUGACCCAGGACAAGGAAUCCAGCAGCAACACAGCAGUGCUGCGGCCGCCGCCCAGCAGGGCGGCUAUGAGAUCCCUGCCCGGCUGCGCACGCUCCACAACCUGGUGAUCCAGUAUGCCUCGCAGGGGCGUUACGAGGUGGCGGUGCCACUCUGCAAGCAGGCCCUGGAGGACCUGGAGAAGACUUCCGGCCACGACCACCCUGAUGUGGCUACCAUGCUCAACAUCCUGGCCCUGGUGUACAGGGAUCAGAACAAAUAUAAAGACGCAGCAAACCUCCUGAACGAUGCCCUGGCUAUCCGUGAGAAAACCCUGGGCCGAGAUCACCCUGCGGUGGCUGCGACCCUCAACAACCUAGCAGUGCUGUACGGUAAGCGCGGCAAGUACAAGGAGGCCGAGCCGCUGUGCAAACGGGCCCUGGAGAUCAGGGAGAAGGUUCUGGGAAAGGAUCACCCUGAUGUUGCCAAGCAACUAAAUAACCUGGCCUUGCUGUGCCAGAACCAGGGCAAGUACGAGGAGGUGGAGUAUUACUACCAGAGGGCCCUGGAGAUCUACCAGACGAAGCUCGGACCCGAUGAUCCCAACGUGGCCAAGACGAAGAAUAACCUGGCUUCCUGUUAUCUGAAACAAGGGAAGUUCAAACAAGCGGAAACAUUGUACAAGGAGAUUCUCACCCGCGCACAUGAACGGGAGUUUGGAUCUGUGGAUGAUGAAAACAAGCCCAUCUGGAUGCACGCGGAGGAGAGAGAAGAGUGCAAAGGAAAGCAGAAGGACGGGUCGUCUUUUGGAGAGUAUGGCGGCUGGUAUAAGGCCUGCAAAGUGGACAGUCCCACCGUCACAACCACCUUGAAAAACCUGGGAGCACUUUACCGCCGGCAGGGGAAGUUUGAAGCUGCAGAGACACUGGAGGAAGCUGCCCUGAGGUCACGUAAGCAGGGUCUUGACAAUGUUCACAAACAGAGAGUGGCUGAAGUGCUAAAUGACCCUGAGAACGUGGAGAAGCGGAGGAGCCGGGAGAGCCUCAAUGUGGACGUGGUCAAGUACGAGAGUGGCCCUGACGGAGGGGAGGAAGUGAGUAUGAGCGUAGAGUGGAAUGGGAUGAGAAAGAUGAAGCUCGGGCUGGUUAAAUGACUUGCUCAGCGUCCAUGGCCUAGCCGCCCGGUGCCUCCCCUCUGCUCCUGCAUGACGGGCAGCGCCUCCUCCGGCCCCUCCAGUGCUGUCCGCUGUCUAGCAGCCCUAGGAGCUUGUCAGCCGCACCUCUGGGACUGGCCCCUCCUUUCGGUGCUGCCGUCCUAUGGGGUCUUGAUUUCUGGAUACAUGUAGCUUUGCCAGAUAUGUACUUAGAAAUAUCAACCGUGUUAAUAAGCCCAUUAAUGUGUAACACACAAGUUUAACAGUUAAGAGAGAGUAGCUGUUCAUCUUGAGGACAGGCGUUAGUGUCACACAGGUUUAUUACAGUGGCAUGAUAGUGACCUGUGCAGUCACUGAGCUGUAGGAGUGAGGCAUGUGCUGCACGUCCCUGUCGUACUUAGAGACCUGGCAGUGCCCUGCUCCGGGCCUCCCCAGGACACACUGACGUAGAUUUGCUGUGUAGUCUUGGUGUGGAAAUUUGAAUUCUGCUUUUCUCUACUAAUCUGAAGUGCUCCGUGAUGUGUGUAUGUGUCUUUCUAACUUCUAAUAAACUCACUCCAGCUGA